UUUCUUCAUCAUUUCCAAGCUCAACAAUGAAACACUUCAUGGAUCACAGUACCCUCGAAAGCUCCUUCCACCUACUAAGCUCAAGCCUUGAAAAUCUGGGAAAAAUGUUGAUGUCAGAAAUGCAUCACAAAGAAGGAAGAGAGAAUCUUUAUCACACUGAGUCCUGGAAAAUGGAGGAUUUCCUACAGAAUUUCACACACCUAUUACUUUUACUAAAACCUUGCCCAAGAGGCUGGAAGACCUUGAACAGAAAAAGCUUGCAUGAAACAAAAGGAGAGGAGAAAGGACAUCUGAUUGAGAUGGAAGACUUAUUUAAUCCAAACCUAGAUACCCAGGAAGAGCCUCAGUUGGUCAUAUUAGAGGGGGCUGCUGGGAUUGGGAAGUCAACACUGGCCAGGCAGGUAAGAAGGGCAUGGGGAAAAGGCCAGCUCUACAGAGAUCGCUUCCAGCAUGUCUUCUAUUUCAACUGCAGAGAGCUGGCCCAGUGCAAACAGCUGAGUCUGGCUGAACUCAUAGCCAAAGACCAGGCUGUGUCCUCAGCUCCUAUCAGGCAGAUCCUGUCUCACCCUGAGAAGCUGCUCUUCAUCCUGGAUGGCAUAGAUGAGCCAGCAUGGGUCUUGGAGAUGCAGAAUCCUGAGUUCUGUCUGCACUGGAGCCAGCCACAGCCAGUGCCUAUGCUGCUGGGCAGUUUGCUGGGAAAAUCCAUUCUGCCGGGUGCUUCCUUGCUGCUCACAACUCGGAUCACAGAUCUACGGAAGUUCAUUCCUUCUUUGGGGCAGCCACGUUGGGUGGAAGUCCUGGGUUUCUCCAAGUCUGGACGGAAGAAAUAUAUCUACAAAUAUUUCACAAAGAAAAGAGAGGCAAUUGCAGCUGUUAGCUUGGUUAAAUCAAACCCAGUGCUCUCAGCACUGUGUGUGGUGCCCUGGGUGUCCUGGCUGGUCUGCACUUGCCUGAAGCAGCAGAUGAAACAGGGAAUAGAUCUCUCACUGACCUCACAGACCACCACAGCCCUCUGCCUGAAAUACCUUUCCCUGACUCUUCCAGGGCAUUCCCUGGAGACACAGCUCAGAAGGCUCUGCUCACUGGCUGCUGAGGGGAUCUUCAGAAAAAGGACCCUGUUCAGUGAGAGAGACCUUCAGAUCCAAGGGUUAGAUAAUGAUGUCAUUACCACUUUCUUGAAGAUGGGUGUCCUUCAGAAGCAGCCCAGGUCUCUGUACUACAGCUUUGCUCACUUGUGUCUCCAGGAGUUCUUUGCAGCAAUGUCCUGCAUCUUGUAUUUUAAUGAGAACACAAGUGAUCAUACAGAAUUCUACAGUAUUGUGCAAGCACUGAAGGAAGGCUAUGGAAGACAUGACCUGUUUGAGGCACCCACUAUGCGCUUUCUAUUUGGUCUUUUAAGUGAAAAGGAAAUGAGAAAAAUUUGGAAUAUCUUCCCCUGCAAAUGGAGUAGGGAAACAAUGUUGCACCUGCAAAGGUAUAUCCAAAAGGAAGCCCUACUCCAUCAACCAUAUUCUCUGGGUUUACUCCAUUGUCUGUAUGAAAUUCAGGAUAAAGAUUUCGUGGCAGAAGUGAUGAACAAUUAUCAAGAAACAAGGGUGCAUACCCCAGUGGAUAUGGAGCACCCAGAGUUCCAGACAGGAGUGAUGUACAUGGUGGUCCAGACAGACGUGGACCUCAUGGUGGUCACUUUCUGCAUUAAGUUCUGCUGCCGUGUAAAGAGGCUUCAGAUGAAUGCGAGUGGACAGCAGAGAAAAAUCUCAAAGUCCCCCAAGAUAGUUCUGUCUAGAUGGACCCCAAUGACUAAUGCCAGUUGGCAGGUUCUCUUCUCCAUGCUUGAGUUCACAGGAAGCCUAGAGGAGCUGGACCUAAGUGGAAACCCACUGAGCAACUCUGCACUGCAGAGUCUUUGUAGGACCCUGAGAUGCCCUGGAUGUCACCUAAAGACAUUAUGGCUUCUCAACUGUGGCCUCACAUCCAGACACUGUGAGGACCUGACCUCAGUGCUCUGGGCCAGCUCCAGCCUGACUGAGCUCGACCUGCAGCUAAAUGACCUGGGCGACCAUGGGGUGAGGCUGCUGUGUGAAGGGCUCAGGAAUCCUGCCUGCAACCUCAGAAUCCUGAGGCUGGACCAGGACCCUCUCAGUGACCAGGUGAUGAUGGAGCUCAGGGCCCUGGAGGCAGAGAAUCCACAGAUGCUCAUCUCUAGCACAUUGAAUCCACCUGUGAUGGACCCUACUAAGAACAUGGAUGGAGAAGAAAUGGGUGAUAGCUUGACCUCAUUCAAGCAGCAGAGACUACAGUCGGGACACAAGCACAUGGAACCACUGGGGACUGAAGAUGACUUCUGGGGCCCUACAGGGCCAGUGGCUACUGAGGUGGUUGACAGAGAAAGGAACCUGUACCGAGUUCAGUUUCCUGUGGCUGGUUCCUACCACUGUCCCAACAUAGGACUUCGCUUUGUGGUGACAAGGGCAGUGACAAUCAAGAUUGAAUUCUGUGCCUGGAGCCAAUACCUGAAUGAAACUCCCUUGCUGCACAGUCAUAUGGUGGCUGGGCCUCUGUUUGACAUCAAGGCUGAUCAGGAAGCUGUGGCUACUGUGUACCUCCCUCAUUUUGUGACUCUCCAAGAGGGACAGGUGGACAUCUCCUUGUUCCAGGUGGCUCACUUUCAAGAACAUGGGAUGAUCCUAGAAACUCCAGCCAGGGUGGAGCAGCACUACGCAGUACUGGAAAACCCAAGCUUCUCCCCAGUGGGAGUUCUAGUGAGAAUGAUCCCUGCUGUAGGACACUUCAUCCCCAUCACUUCCAUCACACUGAUCUACUAUCCUCUCAAUCUCAAGGAUGUCACCCUUCAUCUCUACCUGAUCCCCAAUGACUGCACCAUUCGGAAGGCCAUUGAUGAGGAAGAGAUGAAGUUUUGGUUUGUUCGAAUACACAAGCCACCCCCAGUAGACUCUCUUUAUAUUGGUUCACGCUACAUUGUGUCUGCUUCCAAGAGGCUGAAAAUCAUCCCAAAGGAACUAGAGCUGUGCUACAGGAGCCCUGGGGAAUCCCAGCUCUUCUCUGAGAUCCACGUUGGUCACAUGGGUUCAGAAAUUAAUCUGCAAAUCCGAGACAAGAAGCAUAGGAAUCUCAUAUGGGAAGCCUUGGUGAAACCAGGGGACCUCAGUCCUGCACCACCCGUGACCCCUGUAGCCCACAAAGAUGCUCCUGCCUCACUACACUUCCUAGACCAGCAUCGGGAGCAGCUGGUGGCCCGAGUGACAUCAGUGGACCCUCUCUUGGACAAGCUGCAUAGUCUGGUGCUGAGUGAAGAGGAGUAUGAGGCAGUGCGGGCUGAAGCCACCACCCAAGACAAGAUGAGGAAGCUCUUCAGCUUCAGCCGGUCCUGGACCAGGACCUGCAAAGACCAAGUCUACCAAGCUCUGAACGAGAUCCAUCCUCACCUGAUCAUGGACCUCCUGAAAAAGUCUCGCAGGGUCUCUGUGUGAUCCUGACAUCUUAGUGGCUGAGGAGUGAGCACUCUUCCUUGAGUCCUGGCUCUGCCUCACCUUCCUUUGGCCCUAAGUUUAAAUCUAUAAACCAAUGAACAUCUGAGUUGCCUUUCUGAGGGCAUUGUUUCGAGAACACUUCUUGGGGACCCAGAUGUUCCCUCUUGGCCUUCCCCAGCCAGAUUUUCUUGUGGGAAGAGCAUCUCAGAAAACUUCCCAUUGGAGCCAGCAAGUGUAUUCAGGCCUUGUUCAACCUAACUUUUCUGGCAGAGUGGCCUGUGGAGAGACAUCUUACUAGAUACCUGUGUCACUGACUACACGGCCACAGGUACCUACUGGGCAUGUGGAAUUUAGGCCUAAGAAAAGGACAGGCACUGUCUCUUGGGUUCCAGUCAGAUCUCAGAGGGCAGCUGAGAUUGGAUGCUCGGAGUAUAGACCCUGGGUUAUCGGUUAGUGAUUUCUCCCCAAUAAGUUAAUGUACAUCACCCCCAUCCCAUGUAUGGUAAUCUUAUUCCAACAUUCUAGUGUCAGGAAGUGGCCAUUCUCAAAACCACCCGAUACAAGCAGGACUGGGGCACUUGGGAAUGGAAACAAUGAGAUGAUACUUUCCAUGGAAACUGAAUGUCUUAUAAAUAGGAAAGGAAAAGGGCUUCUCAAACAUUCCCCAACCUCAGUGUGGGUUUUCUUUUUCAUUCUAUUUCCAUUUUCAGGUCUUGAACAGCUCUGUUUUUCCUUCCAGUGUUUAUUUUUCUUCUUCUUCGUUUCUCUAAGGGAUUUCUGCAUUUCCUCCUUGAGGGCCUCUAUCUUGUUCAUACAGUGUUUUAAGUUCUUUUUCUUGUGCUUUGACUGCGUUGGACUUUUCAGGACCUGCUAUGGGCUCUAGUGGAGACAUAUACACAAGGUUAUUGCUUAUUGUGUUUUUAUGCUAGCAUCUAGUCACCUAGAAUUAGAAUGAUUAUAGGUCUAAGUGCUGUUUUCUAAUUUUUUUUGUUUGGGUGUGUACUUUGUUCUUUGGUUUCUGUUUCUUCUCUGGAUUUUAGGAGAGUCAAUGGCUGUUUGUUGCUUGGUAGGAAAUUUUAUGGUUAUAGCCCUGAUAUGGUUUGGCCCCUGGCACUUCCCAGUAAAAUGUAUUUCUGAUCAUUGGAAACUGACAGGUAGGAAUGUGGAUAGGCUAAGAGUCUGAGGGAGUUCACAGGGGGGAGGCGAUCAGAGUGCUCAAGAGGAUCUGCUAAUUUAGUCCCCUUGAAAUGAGGAAAGGGACAGUGAAGAGAGGUCACCACAGAAGGUCUGCUGUAGCACUGGGGAUGAGACUGGUGGAUUGGAACUAGAAGAGCAAAAGGGAAAAGGAAAAUCUGUAGACAGCCUACCUGAUUUCCUGGCAGGAAUAGCCUAUGGGUUAUCAGGGGGUGGUGGUUAAUGUCUUUAAUUCCAGCACUUGGGAAGUAGAGUCAGGUGGAUCUCUGUGAGUUCAAGGUCAGCCUGGUCUACAAAGUAAAUUCCAGGAAUUUCAGUACUGUUACACAGAGAAACCCUGUGGAAAG